AUUCUUUCGUAUAUUUUAGUGCCGCUGUCAGUGCUUCAGGCAAAAAAGACGUGGAUUAACAAUGGGCACGUUAAUGACUAAAAGAGAGGCUAUACGAUAUUCUCUUAAGCCUGAAAUAGAGGCGAAGAGUCCUGCAGCAUAGACAUGGACUCGUACGAUUUGUUUGGUGAAGAUGUUAGUGGCUCGAUGCUUGAUGCUCUUCCUGACCUCGGGGGGAACGAUCAUUUUGACCCUGCAGGCACAACUAAUUCUGUGGUAGUAUCUAGAGAUGGUCCAAACCCUGGCGUUAAUGGAGGAGGGAGUUACAUUAGUCAAUCUUAUAUAUCUCAAGAAUCUCCGCUUCAAAAAUUAACUUCAUUUGGCGGAUCUGAAUUUGGAAGUUCUAAUCAAUUGCAAAAUCCAUCACAACGCAAUAUGUUUAAUCAAAAUCUUGGAACAUUUGACAAUGGUGCACCACAGCGUGCUAUGGUGCCAGGAGCAUUUCAAAAUCAAGCUCGAAAUAUGGCACCACAACAUAGAGGGCCUCAUCCUGGUAGUGGAGGACAAUAUCCUAACUAUAGUGAUAAUAUGUAUUCAAUGGAACAACAGCAUUCAAUGACUAGAGCAAAUAUGUCUAUAGAUCCAAGUAUGCAAGGUUGGCCAGGUAGUGGAGGUGCUUAUCCACAAAUGCAAAGACAUUAUAAUCAGAUGGCACCACAACCUGCUACUUAUCGACAACAUAUACCUCCACAGUAUUCUCACCAACAAGAUCAAAGUGGAGUUAUGAAUCAAAAAUUACAACAGCAACAACAACACUUUGGUAAUCAGCAAAAUAUGAUAGGGAAUAUGGGUGUACCACAUCAAACAAUGCAAGCUGGCACAACAGGUAGUGUUUAUCAACAUAUGGUUGGGCAACAGCAACAUUAUCAGCAAGGAAGUUCUGUUACAAUGUAUCAAACAUCUCCUGGCUAUCCAGGUUUUGCCUCAGCUAUUCAUCAACAGCAGCAGCAGCAACAACAGCAACAAACUCAACAACCACCUCAGAGGAUGCCACAUCAUCAUCCAACUCAUCAAACACAUCCUUCACUUCCUCAACAGUAUCCUCAACAUACGCAACAUCCUAAUACACAACAACAACAACAACAACAACAACCAAUAGAUUCUCAAUAUUCUCAUCAUGCAACUUCAAUGUUUAAUCAACCCCAACAUUCUGGACCAACAACACAGUUUGGUACAACCAAACAUGCCACAAGUCCUCAAUAUCGUGCAACUUUUCCACAAUUGUCUCCUCAAAUGUCACCUAGACCUCAGAUGUCACCACGACCACCAGCAGUACAACAACAAAUGUCUCCCAGACCUAUUAUGUCACCAGCUAAAUCUAAUACAUUAUCUCCACAUCCACAUGUUCAACUUCCACAUCAACAAUCAAAUCAACCUGCUGCAAUGUCUGUAUCACCCUGCCCUCCAACUUCAAUGCAAAUGAAUCCAGCAUCACAACAAACUACUCUUCAAGCAUUGGAACAAAUGGUUAUCCCUGGUGUUGCUGUACCAAAUUCAAAUGUUUCAAGUCAGGAUUAUAAUCAAUUUCAGGCACGUCCACCUAUGUCACAAGCAACAAACGUUUUAUCUCAGUCUACCGCACAAAAUUCUAUGCCACCUAUAACAGGUCCUAGAAUGCCAAUGCCAACUCAAUGGUCGCAUCCACAACAACAGCAGCAGCAGCAACAAAUAAGGCCAAACGUGAUUGAAGAUAGAAAUGUAGUAGAAACUCAACCCCCAGUAUCUGAACAAAGUCCAUCAAUAUUUCCAGUAACUGGAACAGAAACUAUUCAUAGUGUUGCAGAAACUACAUCUAGAGAUUCAACAGAUCCUGUUCAUAACACAAUUGAACCUUCAAAACAAGAAAAUGAAUCAUUGCAUCAGAAUGUGCAAGAACCGCAAGAUGUGCUUAGUCAACAAGCUGAUACUUUGUUACAAAAUAAUUCACAAAGCAAUUCGCCUUUGGAACAUACACCUGGAAAAAUUUCCCAAGAAACUGUACAGUCUUUACCAACUUCUAGUACAAAUGGAGAUGUUGAUUGUUCAAAUAUGUCAACAUUACCUCAACAGCAAAUAACUCAAAAUCAGGUUCAGAAUCCUGUUUCUACCAUUGAAAAUCAGAAUACAUGUGAUAAAAAACAGAAUGAUCAACAUUUAGAAAUAAAUCCAGUGAAUUGUCCAACCAAUAAUAGUACAACUGCACUUUCUCAACAACCUGCAGUUAGCAAUCAGGCAGCACAACAGCAGUCUAUCAGUUGUCCACAACAACCAGUACAGCAAAUUCAUAUGAAUCAGCCGCAAGUAGUGCCAACACAACAGUCUCCAGUACAGUCACAACAAUCUUUGCAGUCAUCACAACAAUCUUUGCAGUCAUCACAACAACCACAAAUGAGUCAAGUGCAACAACCUCAAAUUGGUCAACAACCACCUUCACAACAACAGCUGCAACAAAUAAAUACUCAACAACAAGCAUCAAUUACUCAGUCCCAGCAACCUACAUUAAGUCAAACACAACAGUCACAGCCACAAAUUUCUCAAUCUCAGUUAGUCCAACCACAACCAUCUCAACCAGCUCCAACUUGUAUAACUCAGGUUCAGCCAACACAGCAGCCUCAACCACAUAUGAGUCCACAAGUUGGUAUAAUGCCCCAAAAUGCUCCAUUAAUUUCAUCUCAAAUAUCACAGUUACAAGCUCCCUUACCAAAUCCAGCCUCCUCAUUGCAAAGUCAAACUAAUCAAGUUCCAUCUGCACAUUUAAAUGGCCAACAAAUUCCUACAGUUAAUCAAAGCAGUAAUGUAGUAUUAUCAUCUCAUCAAACUGCAGUAUCAGUGCCAAAUUCACAAACUCCACAUCAAGUACAACAAAAUUUCACAGAAUAUACGAAUAUUCAAAAAAAUAACAUGUAUCCAAAUGAGAUGUUAGUGGGUUCUGGUCAACAAUAUCCUUCUGGUGGUGAUAUCAUUAGUGGUAGUACUAUGCCAAAUAUGUAUAAUAUGCCACCAAAUCCAACAUCAACAGCAGUUACAUCUGGUGGCUUUAGUACUUCCUGUGCUCCAGUUACACACCACCAAGAGAGAGCUGCAUUACAACAGCAAUUGCAAGAGUUAUUCUGUAUGCCUCCAGCUACUGAGAAUCAAGAAAAAAUUGUUUCUAUACAAGAAAAGUUACAAGCUCUGCAACAACAUGAAAGUAAUGAUCAAUGUAAUGGUGGACCUCAAUGUAUAUUACAAAGUCCAAUGUUUACAGCAGCUGUUGUUGAUAGUCCACAGGUUUCAAGUACAACUGGUCGUGGUCGUAGUAAAGGUACACCCAGAGCUAAAAAGAGUAGGAAGAAAGCUGAUAAAGAAGCAGUUGCUCCUGCACCAAUUACUCAGCAACAGCCAGAGCAACCAUUGUCAGACAAUCAAGUAACACCUGGAGACAGUAGUAAUGUAGUUGAUAGCGCCGCUGAUUCUGAAGAUAUUAAGCCAUCUUCUGGUGAUAUGGAGGAAGAGUGGAAUAAAGGUAGGAAAUCGCGACCUCCUCCUAGAAAACCACGUAAACCAAAGGAGCCGAGAGAGCCGAAAGAACCAAAAGAGCCAAAAGUUAAAAAAGAACCAAAACCACCAAAGGAAGCAAAGUCUCCUAAAGCACCAAGAAAGAGGAAUAAAGAUAAAGAUUCAACAAAACGUAAUAGAAAAAAAACAAAUCACUCUGAAUCAGCUGAUGAUGAAGUUGUACAAGAAACAGAAGAAACUGCUGUCUCUGAUUCAAGUGCAGUUAAAGAAGUUGAUACAAAACCAUCUGAACCGUCCAUUCAAGGUGAUCAAGAACAAGUACAUUCUUCAACUACUGAGCCUUUAGUAGCUGAAACAAAAGAUCAAAAUAAGCAAAAAGGGGAAUCAGAAGAUAGCCCGCCAGACGAAAAGAAAGAAGAAAAUUCGGAUGCUGGAACAACUGUAGAAACUGCUACACCUAAUAAGAAGAAAGCUGCUGCUCGUAAAAGAUCAGUUGGAAAAGUUUCGUUAGGAAAGUCUCCUAGAAGUUCAAAAAAGCGAAAAAGUCGGAUUGCCCCGGAUUCUGAUGGUGAAGAAUUGGCAGCAACGCCUCCGCCAUCACCAGAAGCAGGAGAUGAUAAUAAAAGACGUUCUGCAAGAAAUACACAUCGUAAGAAAUACGUCGAUGAUGUAAUGCUUAGAUUUUCAGAUGAUGAUGUACCUCUUCAGGAUUCUCAACUUUCUAAGAAAGUAGAAGGCACAAACACAACAAAACCUGUUUCUGUUAAAAAAGAUAAUGAAGGUGGUGAAGUUGGACCUAACAAGCCUAACUUUGUAUACAUAAAUACAACAGAUGAAGAUUCCAUGGUUGUACAACAUAUACUAUGCUCUCGCAUGGGAAAAAGAGAAAUUAAACCAACAAUCCCAGAAGUAAAAACAGAAACAUCUGAUGAAAAAAAUGAAAACAGUACAUCUGAUACAACAAAGGAUAAGGAAGAAGAGACUGAGACCAAGGAAGAAACUUCCGAAAAGGAAUCAAUCUCAGAAACAAGUAAUAAGGAUGUGAAAGAUACUGAAAGCUUUGAAGAUAAAAGUAACAGUGACAGUGCUGUAAAAGACAAAAGUAAACAUGAAGGAGCACUUACAGAUUCUAAACAAGAAAAUGUUGUGGUAGAUGUGAAGCCUCAAAUAAUAGAAGUUGAGGAAUAUUUUGUUAAAUAUAGAAAUUUUUCAUAUUUGCAUUGUGAAUGGAGAACUGAAGAGGAAUUAUACAAGGGCGAUAAACGAAUUCAAGCCAAGUUGAAAAGAUUUAAACAAAGACAACAACAAAAUACUAACAUCUUUGAAAAUACUGAAGAUGAUCCAUUCAAUCCAGAUUUUGUGGAAGUUGAUAGAGUGCUUGAUGAGGCAACACAUACUGAUCCUACAACUGGGGAAACAUUAAAACAUUAUCUGGUUAAAUGGCGGUCUCUUCAAUACGAGGAUUCGACUUGGGAAUUGGAAGAAGAUGUCGAUCCAGAAAAAAUAGCCCAAUUUAUAAAAUUUAAUAAAGUACCCCCUAAAGAUCAAUGGAAGCCAAAAAAGAAACCAAAUGCAUCAGCUUGGGUGAAAUUAGAAGAAUCACCAAUUUAUAAAAGUAAUAACAGUUUACGACCAUAUCAACUGGAAGGUCUUAAUUGGUUACUCUUUUCGUGGUACAACGGACAUAACUGUAUUCUUGCGGAUGAAAUGGGUUUAGGAAAGACAAUUCAAUCUUUAACAUUUGUGGAUGCAGUAUACAAGUAUGGAAUUCGUGGACCAUUUUUAAUAAUAGCACCCCUUUCAACCAUUCCAAAUUGGCAACGUGAAUUUGAAAGUUGGACUGAUAUGAAUGUUGUAGUGUAUCAUGGAUCUGCAGCAAGUCGAACUAUGCUUCAAGAGUAUGAAGUUUAUUAUAAGAGUGAAAAAGGGCAACAAAUUAAAGAUUUAAUUAAAUUUAACGUAUUGAUAACUACAUUUGAGAUAAUUAUAACAGAUUUUAACGAAUUGCGGGGGUAUAAUUGGAGGCUUUGUGUUAUAGACGAAGCUCAUAGGCUAAAAAAUAGGAAUUGCAAGUUGCUUGAAGGUCUCAGACAAUUGAAUUUAGAACAUAGAGUACUUUUAUCUGGCACGCCUUUACAAAAUAAUGUCAAUGAGCUUUUUUCAUUAUUGAACUUCCUUGAACCAGUACAGUUUUCUAGUAGUGAAGCAUUCCUAAAAGAAUUUGGUAAUUUGAGUAGUGAAACUGAAGUCCAUAAGUUACAACUUCUUUUGAAGCCAAUGAUGUUGCGUCGACUUAAAGAAGAUGUGGAGAAAUCGUUAGCUCCAAAAGAAGAAACUGUAGUUGAGGUGAUGAGAAUUACUAACAUAAGCCGUUUGGAUUACAAGACUGGUGAAAAGGAAGACUCAGAAGCUUAUUAUCAUGCAUUAGUGAAUAGUUCUGGAAAAAUGGUUUUAAUUGAUAAAUUACUGCCUAAACUCAAAGCUAGUGGACAUAGGGUGUUAAUAUUUAGUCAAAUGGUGAAAUGUUUAGAUUUGUUGGAAGAUUAUUUAUUAUAUAAAAAGUAUCCAUAUGAAAGAAUUGAUGGUCGUAUUCGAGGAAAUUUAAGACAAGCUGCAAUUGACCGUUAUAGUAAACCUGAUUCUGAUAGAUUCGUAUUUCUUCUUUGUACCAAAGCAGGGGGUCUUGGCAUUAAUCUUACAGCAGCAGAUAAGAAAUUAAAAUAUUUUAUAAAUUGGGCUCAAGCUCGAUGUCAUAGAAUUGGCCAACAAAAGAUGGUGAAAGUAUAUCGCUUACUGUGUCGAAAUACUUAUGAAAGAGAAAUGUUCGAUAAAGCUUCUUUAAAGCUUGGAUUAGAUAAAGCUAUUCUACAAUCUAUGAAUACAAGUCAAGGUGGUAAAGAUCCUAGUAAUAAGCAAUUAACCAAAAAGGAGAUAGAAGAUUUAUUAAAGAAGGGUGCUUAUGGUGCUAUUAUGGAUGAUGACAAUGCUGGAGAUAAAUUUUGUGAAGAAGAUAUAGAACAGAUACUUGAACGGAGAACACAAAUUAUUACGAUAGAAGCAGAAAAAGGAUCGACAUUUUCGAAGGCCAGUUUUGCGUGUUCAUCUAAUAGAUCAGAUAUAAAUAUUGACGAUCCAGAUUUUUGGAAAAAAUGGGCAAAGAAAGCUGAAAUUGAUACUACAGAGAAAAAGGAAGAGGAUGAAUUAGUAAUAUCAGAACCUAGGCGAAGAACACAAAUUAAACGAUAUGGUCAUGAUGAAUCUGUUGUCAUGUCGGAUCUUGAUAGUUCGGAUGAUAACAGUGACGAUGAAACAAGUAGUGGGUUAACAGGUAGAGGUAAAAAACGAAGAGAUAAAUUUGGUAAGAAGACUCGAAAAUUCUGCGACGAAUAUGUUCCACGAGAAGGUGAAGUGGUGUAUGGUAGUUGGGCACGAAGUGAAUGCUUCAAGGUAGAACGAGGUCUGCUUACGUUUGGAUGGGGUCGAUGGGAAGAGAUUCUUCAACAUAGUCAAUUCCGUCGAGGAUGGCGUGAAGUUGACGUUGAAGACUGCGCACGAGUCAUUUUACUCUACUGCCUUCGUUAUUAUCGUGGCGAUGAAAAAAUUCGUAACUUUAUUUGUGAUCUUAUUACGCCAGUAGAAAAUGGAGAAAAGAUCAAAACUAUAUGUGUUAAUACUAGUGGACGAAAUAAUAGGCAAAAGAAAAAGGGGCGAGUCAGAGAAGGUAGAGAAACGCGCGGAUCAGUUAUCAAUGGAGGUCCGAAUGAUCCCAACCAUUGGAGUAACGCUGAAAAAUAUGACGGAGAUAUAUUUCUUGAAAGUAAUUACAGGAAACACUUGAGUCGUCAUGCAAAUAAAGUACUGUUACGUGUCCGAAUGCUUUACUAUAUCAAGCACGAGAUAAUUGGCAAAUUGUAAAUGAAACCGCCCUACAGUGCGUUGCGGAUAAACCCUCCACAGUUGACGGAACGACCAGCGAAGUGGUGGGACUCCCAAGCAGACAAAUCCUUAAUAGUUGGCUGCUACAAACACGGCUACGAGAAUUACGACCAGAUGAGGAUCGAUCCCGCGCUUUCUUUCAUUACAAGCUGCCCUCCCCCUUCCCAGUCUCAGACCAUACAAAAUAACAGCAGCAGCAGAGAUGAUACUAGUUUAGAAAAUGACAUCGAAGAUGCUGAAUCUCUUGGAAUGAUGAAAGAUUCGAAAGAUUCUGAUAAAUUUAAUCGAGAAACACCUACUGAUUCACCUGCUAUACCUAUUAAGGCAGAUACACCUGGACCUGAACCUAGUAGUAGCCACGAAGGAACUGAUGGCCUAUUAGACGAUGAAAAGACCUGGCCUUCCGUGGUUGACCUUAAUACUCGUUUACGUCGAGUAAUUUCUUCUUAUCAGCGAAGUGUGAAGAAGGAAGAUGUAAAAGUAUUACAAAAAUCUAAGUUAGGAAUGGAAGGUGACACAACUGUGAAUCAUGCUACUUCAAUGAAUGAACCACCUUUAAAUAUGCAAGGUUGGGACUUGCAGCAACUUGCUAUGUAUCUUCUGAAAAUGGAAAGAAGGGAAAAAAUGGAAGCAAUGGUAAAAGAAAGAGAACGAACUCGUAUAGAAGAACAAAAGACAAAAUGGUCACGUCGUGAAGAAAGUGAAUUUUUACGAGUUGUAUCAACGUACGGUGUUAAUUAUGAUAGAAAGAAAGCUCAAUACGAUUGGACAAAAUUUAAAAGUAUAGCUAGAUUUGACAAAAAAACAGACAAUGAUCUUACAGAUUAUUAUAUGUCCUUUAGAGCAAUGUGUAAAAAAGCAUGUAAUGCUAAAUUGAAUGAUGAAGAUGAUUUUUCAGAUGUUCCUGUUGAUCACCUCAGUCCAGCAAAAGCGAGACAAAUAUUAGAUCGUGUAGAUCUUCUAAGCAAAAUCCGUGAGGAAAUUUUGUCUCAUCCUCAUCUGGAAGAACGCCUUUCCUUAUGUCAGCCAUCAGGUGACACACCUGAUUGGUGGCAACCGGGAAAACAUGAUAAAGAACUACUACUUGGAGCAGCCAAACAUGGUUUAGGAAGAACUGACAUAACUAUUUUAAAUGAUCCUGAUUUCUCAUUUCAUAAACUUUUGAAUAAAACUCUGUAUAGUAAUAUUCAAACAACUAAAGUUGCGGACAAAGCAGAAAAAGCAAUUAAAAUUGAAAACAGAGAGGAUAUACUGAAAUUUGAUAAAGAUGAAAUACUUGUAAAAUUAGAAAAAGGUGAAGGUACUUUAAAAAUAGAAAAAGUAGGUGCAAAGAAAGACAAAGAUAUAAAUAAUGCAGAUAAGCGAACAGAGAAUACAGAUUUGGAAAAGAGUCAAGUAGAAUUAACUAUUAUCAAAGCUGAAAAUAAAACUGAAGAAAAACCUAUUAGUAAUGCAUUAACUAUUACAACUGUUGCAAGAAAUACAUCAUCAGACAAGGAACAUAUUGCAAAAAUAAAAACUGAAGAAAAAAAUGAAAUAAUAAUAGAAUCAAUAAAAAGUGAAGUUCCUCCUAAAGCUGAUCAAGUUAUAGGAACUAACAAAGUAGAUGAAACAAAAACAAAUAACGUAACAACGAAUAUUGAAGAAACGACACCCAUAAAAACAGAAAAAGAAAGUCAGAAUAAAGAAAAAGAAAUACCGAAAGAGGUUGAAAAGGAAAAUCAAGAAGAAAAACCGAAGGAGUUACAAAAUCAAGAAGUAAAUGAAAAAAUUUCACCAGAACAAAACGAAACUACUGAAACAACAGAAAAACCUAUAGAAAAUAAUCAAAAUGUAACAUCUGAAAAUGAUAAAACCAAUAUGAAAACGAAUGCCUCAGUUGUUAAAGAGGAGAUAGAAGUACAAGAAGGCAAAACGGUAGAUAUGUGCAAGGAUAAAGGAAAGGUUUGCAAACUCGAAGAUAAGUGUAAUGUUCAAGCAGCAGAACUCAAAGCAAUGUUUCCUGAUUUGGAAGUUAUUCAACCGUUGUCGCGGUUAACGCAAAUUGAUACAUUUGUUCUUCGAGACAAAGCAGUAGAUUAUAAUGAACCUACGGUUGUGCAACUUUUAUCACACAAUAGUAAUAACACUAUUAAAUGGCCAAAGGAGCAUGCAAUUGAAGCUCGUUUAAUGCACAUCGUACAUGCAAUUGAACACAAAGAAUGGCCUGUAUCUGUAAACUUUAGUGCUGGUGAUGAAUCAGAUGUUCCAUCAAAUGAGAAAGAAUGUUCAGAAGUGAUCACUAUAACUACAGAUCAUGGAAUAUCACGCAAUAUAACAUCUGGAAAUAAUAUGUCACAAUCUAAAAAACGCAAAAGACAUAUUGCUAUUGAUGUAGAAACCGAAAGAGCGAAACUGCAUGCAUUAUUGAAUAGUAGUAGCCAUACAGUUACUCAAUCACCUGCGACUUUAAAUAAACCUGCUGUACUGUCUGGAUCAAAUACGUGGGAAAUAAAUGACGAAUCACAAUCCGAAGAAUCAAGACGCUCGACACCGGUUCAACCACCUCCAGCGCAUCAGCAAACACGAACACCAAAUAUACCCUUUGAUUUGAAAUACACAGUUCCUGGUAAAUCAACUGUAAUUCCUGGAACUUCAAGUACUUUAACUCCUAUCGAUAAUGAAGUUCAAGACUUUUCAAUGCCAAAUAAAAACAAACAAAUUAGUAGUAAUAAAGGAAAGUUAGAUAGUAUGUUAGACAAAUUAAUGAAGAGAAAAAAUUGUUCAACAGAUGAGCCUGUAAUUGGAAAGGAGAAAAAACGUAGAAAACUUGACGAAAUAGUUCUAGGAUUAAGUGCGGCAAAAGAACAGCAAAGUAGUCAUUAUCCUGAACAUAGUAAAAAAAGUACAAUUACACCAAAUGUAACUGUCACUCCAACUUCUGCGCCGAUGGGGCUUCCAAAUCCUCCAACAAGUACCCAGAAACCGUUUUCCAUUACUGUUACUUCGAUACCUUCUUCACGUGCAUCAAAUUGUACUCCUGGAUUGCCACCUCCGUCUUUACAUUCGCAUAAAGAUAGUUUUUCUGCUUUACUUGUUCAAGCAGAACAACAAAAUCGCGAAUUCAAAAAGCAACAGCAACAUCAACAAUCUCAGCAGCAGCAGCAGCAACAGCAGCAGCAACAACAGCAACAACAGCAACAACAACCAAACUUCAAUUCGACACAUUCAUCGUCAACAAGCAGUCACAAGAAGAGUUACGAAGCAAUGAUCGCAGACAUUAACAAAGUUGCUGAGUACUCUUCUAAAAUCGGAUCAUAUUCUCACGAGGCUAAAGUAAAUAAGUGGUUAGCUGAACAAACUGCUAUGUCUGAACAAUUGGGUGCGGAAUACCUAAAUGCACCUAGACGGCGUAGACCACGCGUUGAUCCAUCUUUAUUAGACUGGAAAAAGUUAACAGGCGAAGAAAAUGUUGCUGUAAUUAAUAGAUUAACAGGCAAAAAGGUUACGGGCAGUAAAGCGCCACAAUUAAAACGACUAGGUCAAUGGUUAAUUGAAAAUCCAAUGUUUGAUGUAGAUCCAAAAUGGGCUGAACUCGUAAAAGAACGCGGAAAUCUUCCACAUGAUCUCCAAAAGAGAUUAUCAGGAAAUGAUAGGAGUUAUGUUAAUAAGGGUAAAAGCCCUGGAAGACCACCCAUGAUGCCAAGUCCUACUAGUCAGCAGUCUGCGAAUCAAGCUAAUUUAGCAGCUACAUCAAUGGCUUCAGGUCUAAACUUUCCUUCGCUGGGUAAUUUGAAUAACUCCCUUCUGUCGGGUCUUUCUCUUGGCAAUUUCGAUCCAAAGAAUAAUCCUCUCCUAAUGCCGUUCGGUGGUUUACCCAAUCUGGGUGCAUUGAGCGGUCUGGGCAAUCUUAACCUGAGCAAUAUGAGUUUAACGAAUUCUUUAUUCGCAAAUCUUGCUGGUCUUGGUUUGCCAUCUUUGGCGGGUAUGGAGGCUGCUUUAGGUGCAACAGCAACCAGCACAGCUGCUGAAACCAAUUCCGUUGUUAGUUCUGUCAGCAGCAAAAACACAGGUUCAACUAACAUUAGCAAUGCUGGUAAAUCAUCUCGCAGUAAAUUGGAGCCUCCUACAAGUAAAUCUUCGGUGCCUUCAACUUCAUCAGCAUCGUCUACGAUAUCAACAACGACGCCAUUCCCCUUCUUUUUCCCAAAUCCCAGUCUUUUAUAUACACCAUUGGGUUUGGGUGGUUUAAAUCCAUUCUCCAUGCAGCCUGGUGGAGUAUCAUCGGCCUACGAAAGUCUUGCCCAAUGUGGGCUUUUAAAUCCAUCAACUUCGAGUGCCUCAACAGUGCGUAAACCUACAUCAUCAGCUAGUAACUCGAGGCAACGCGAUACAAUUACCGAAUCAACAACUAAACGGAAAGAUGCAGAAAAGAAAUCCAGGUAUUCUGUCGAUCCUGCAAUAACACUGCAGCAGUACACAGAUAUGACGUUACAUAAUGAGGAAAGACGUAGAAUAGAGCCAGAAAAAAGAGAAAUCUUGGAGCAGAACGAUGUAGCAGAUCUUUCUGAAAGACGAAUUGAAAGGAAAAACAAAGAACAGGAAAUGAAAGAAGCUCUGGAACAUUUAAGUAGAACUAGUGCGGAACUUCUGACGAGAAAUCUUGAAGAUCAACGAUUGAGUGAAAAGAGAGGUCGUAAUGUAGAUCAUAAUCAAAGUUCCGAACCACAAACUUCAAGUAUGCUCGAAGUAACUCUUGAACCUGUCAAUAAGAAGCCAAGAAUUGAAAUUGAAGUUAGCGCAAAACCUGUGACAACAGCAGUAACAACUACAAUAGCAACAGAUGUGUCAGUAGCUGAAAUUGAACAUGGAGUGCGGUCAUCAUGUGUAACAGUUAAACAAACUACUCCCGAAGAGACCAAUACUUUCAAUGAAACAUCUGCAAAUACUAAUAAAAAAGAAACUGACGAAACGGCUGCUACAAUAACAACAACUGUGUCGACAUCUGCAGUUACAGUUGCAUCUACAGCCACGCCUACAACUACACCCACACAUACGCCAACGCCUACAUCUACGCCUACAUCUACACCUAUAUCUACACCAACACCUACACCAACACCUACACCUACAUCCAUAACUACACCUACCUCUACGACAUCGAUAACAACGGUUUCGGAGGAUGCAACUAUAUCACAACAAAGUGCUACUAAUAGUAAAAACGACGCGACAAAACUUCCAUCAGAAAUGGAAGAAGAUAAUAAAGGUACUAAAGGAAAGAAAGCACGAAGUGGAAAACGACUAAGUGUAGAACCUCCUCCAGAACGGAAAAAUCUUCGUUCUAGUGCCGGAAGACAAGCGAGAGCAGCGGCAGAACGACAAGCAAGAAUGGAAGGUGAACUGCAAUCAGAUCAACAAGAAACUCACACAACGAGCGAGUGAAGUGAAUUUUUUAAGUGAGUUCUAAAUAGUAUUGGUGAUGUUAAUGAUCAAAUCUUCCGUUGAUGCGAUUAUUUUUAUUGCAAACUUCUGCAGUAUUCGCACAACGAUUUCCAAAAAAAUCGAUUCAUAAACAUUUAUAUACAUGAAUGAAUCACUGAAGCGACAAUUCUUAAUUAAAUAGAGCACAAGUGCAUUCAAAGAACUUGAAAGAAGGGAUAAAAACAUUUAUAGGAUUUGAUUUUUCCUUCCAGUUUAUAUGGAAGUAACGGGACAAAUACAAGUAAAUCACGUACACAUUACCAUUGCUAUCAUUGUGAAUGUAUAACAUGAAGCUGUUAAGUAUGAGAAGGCUGGCAAUAGUAUUUUAUCAUUCGAUAUAUUGUGUGGUAAUUAACUUUUAAUUAUAUAACAUUACAAUAACAAAGUAUAAUUUUGUUAAAUUUAUUAUUCUUUAUGAUCUUUAUUGGUUUUGACG